CGAGUCCUUGUUUCAAGUAUGGAACGAUGCCAACUACGAGAGACUAAGACGGUUAAAGACUGAGACACCUCAACUUAUUUCUGUUGUCUUAUCGUGUAAUACGGUGUGAUCUAAUGUUGGCUUAUCGUGUACUGGACCAUGACCUUGGUAUGAAUAUGUCUUAUCUUUUCCUUCCGUCUAGGACUGAUCAUUUGAGAGGACAUCCGAAGGAAAAUCAAAAACUUAGAUCAAAUCUUCUACACCUGGAGUUUCGUUUCUCUCACCGAGUAGUGAAUUACUGGAACUCUUACCAGAACAUGUAAUAUCAACACCUUAUGUUGAUAUAUUCAAAACGACAUUGAACUUCUACAGUGCUAAAAACUGCAAGGAUUGAUUUAGACCCUUUUCCUUGUUACUGAAGACUAAGUAAUUAAGUAAUUUGUCAAAGGUUUAUGCGGGCCAAUUGGAGGUGACGGUACUUGGUAUUACAGGGGUUCUUCCGUCGUAUCUACUUAUAUUCGAUGGACUUUAAUUUUUCGCACAUGAUUUCUCGGUGUGUUACUUGGCUAUUGAUGAAUUCGGUGAACAGUUUUAUUUACCUUUACAGUCCGACUGGGAUCUGGAUGCGUCGAUAGUCACGUCAUCUGAUUCCACUUUACGACUUAAAAUAACCCUAAAGCCUAAAGUUUCUGGUAUGUUUUUUAAAUGUUUUGUUUUUUUCACUAGCUUUGCUUAGUGAAUGAUUUGAAUACAGUAAAGUAGGAUAAUGUAAAGCUUCUGGGAAAAGUUCCUUAGUGAUUUGACCACUUGAAUUCUGACAUUUGUCACGUAAAGAGAUAUCUUCUCGUACUAAGAAUGAUCUCACACUUAUUGUGUAGGUCCUACAUCUCAUCCUAUCUACACAACAGUAGGUAGAACAGGUUUUGAAUCUUCCUUCAGUUGGUUAAAAUAUCUUCACAAACUCUGUGAUCUACAGUCCCAUUCGGAUUGUAGAAACCGAAGGCAAGUGCAUUCCUAUCAAUUACAUUGUAUUAUUCACUCCAGGUCUAUACUGUAUCUAUUGUUUUCUAAAUGCUUUGCUCAUAACAGUUUUUUUGAAAAAAAUACUAGAAAAAUUUGGUUAGAAUUCAUUUUAAGUUAGAGUCGAACGGAUUAACUCAUAUUAUACAUUAAUUGUCAUUUCGACCAUUCUUUUGAUUAAUACUCUUACUUACAAUCCGAUCCCACUGUUAAUUUGUCGUUUCUAAUCCAGAUUUUCAGUAAAAUUACUAUCUUUCAUUUUAUAGUUCUGACUUCUUUCAGAACUGUUAACAUGGUACAUAUAGUUUCAAGUGGAACUUGAAGUUUCCAUUUUCAACUUUCCCAAUAAUAUUUCUAUUCUCAUCAUGUUCAAUAUUUAAAUACUGCUCAGUGUUAAAAGUCUAUUUUGUUCGAAUUACCGGUAUUUAUAAUUAAAGAUCUCUAGUAGGAGCUAAUUAAUUUACGGACUAUGAAUUCUUUAGGUCGAAAAUGAAAAUAAGUGUUCUUCACAUUUCAGAGGUUAAUCACGUGUUUUACUUUUCAAUAGUUCACUUCAUUCUACACAUCAUCUCUCUCUAUUCCAAAUUAGAUCUUCAAGACUGGGAUAUUAUUAUUCCAAGUGGUGUUCAGUCUAUCUCCAGAAGAAGAAAGUCACAAAAUGAUACAAAAAAUGGUCUAACAUUCAGUGAUUCUAAAGGACCAUCACUUUUUUCACAAAUUACUCAACGACUUGAAAAAACUGUUGCAAAUAUGCGCAAGGCUAUAGGAAUUGGAAUGGAUGGUGAUGAUAUGUUUCACACUAUCCAUCCUCCGAUAUCAGAAUUACAAAUGAGAUUAUACAUGGAUGAUAAUGGACGCAUUAUAUAUCUAAAUCAAUUCUAGUAAGUACUGCAUAUUUCAUCCAGUUUUGAUGUAUUGUUAGUUUAUUAAACUGAAUUGGGUUUAAAUACUGCAGUUUUAUAUUUUCCCAAGAAUAAGCCUUAGUUUAACAAAUGUUAGUGGACACUUUUCAAUAACUUGUUCAAAAGAUUAGUAAAAACCCUUCCAACAUAUUACGGAACCAAUUAUCCCUACAUUUCAGGGAAAAAGUAAUUUAUUUAUGUGUUAUUUCUUGAGUGUUAUACGAUAUAAUUCUGCAAAACUAAUUUCACUAUAAUAUAAAUUGUUUACUGAAUAAGGAAUUAUUUACUUCAUUUUAAUCCACGCGAUUUAUGUCCAAGUGAUGUGCUUGAUUGCUAUUACGAGUUCACUAUACUCGGUAGCCGGAACGAAGGUCAAAGAUACAGUGACACGAUAGGCUAUUCUAAUCCAUUGUCCUCGGCCCUGCUAACUAAAUCAAGAGGUCUUGAUGAGGCGUAGAGAACGUAUUCUACAAGCACCCAGAAAAUACAAGGUCACUAAGCACACAAAUCAAGCUUAUUUAUACAAUGAUAGAAACGCCCUUGGGAGAGCCACAAAAUAGCGUACUAAAAAAUUCCGUCAACCAAUGACAGUUAAGGAUUUCCGAGUGGGAAUUUUAAGCUGUAGGUCACCUAAGCGUCUCUUGGCACGAAAACAUAAAUUUCAAAUUUUUAGAAUAAAAUUACAAAAUUAGGACCUUUUUCAAGUGAGUUCUGGGGAUCUAACGUCUUCAACACUAAAUUAUAGCGGCUAGGUUUCCCAAACUGAAUUAGGUGGAGCAGAGUUCAAACUGGCAACUUACUUGUUAGAAGUCAGAGUGCUUUAACUCAUUUCAGCACAGGGUGUUAACAAUCUUAAUUUCAAUCAAAAAACUUUGCUAGUGAAGCACUUAACUGAUUUUUAAAGAUUCUAUUAAGUAAUAGAGACUAUAUUGUUUCACCUAAGAUUUCAUGUCCUGUACAAAAAUUUGACAACUCAUUUCUACAUUUUGUUGUAAUUUUUAAAUUCAGCUUCUCCGGUUGUUAGGGUUGAUUUACUCUUCAAAAUAAAUAAAACUCAACAUUUAUAUCGUUGAGGUGUUUUGUAGAUAUGUGGCUCAAUAUUCUGUUUCCAGCUUCUGAUUCACAAGUUUAAAGCCUAUGUUUAUUUUGACUUUUAGGUUGUAUUUUUAAGGUUGCUUUACUCAACCUUCUUAGCGUUUCUGGACAUCAUUAGCACAAAAUUGAAAAAAAAGACGGUCUCAUAGAGAUUUCUGGAAUGUAGUUACUAGUCCAGUCUGUUGAUUUGAUAUAUAACUGGGUGUUAUUUUCAUCUCUAAUCGUGUGGUUAUUGCUAUUCUACACAUGUUUUAAAGAGCUUUACCUUGACUUUGGUAUUUUUGUACUAACUUUCUUAUUGACUACCACCGCAAUAAUAUUCGUGAUCCUACAGCUCAAUUAAACAGUUCAAAAUGUUCUGACCAGAAAAAUCAAUACUCUACCUUUUGAUGCAUUGUAUUUCUGUGAUACCUUGCAUCGACUCUUUAAUUAUGAUUGUUAGUCCUGUCCAAUAAAAUAAAAUUGUUAAGUACAGUGUUUAUAAAACGCCUACACAUUCUCCGAUUACAGUAUGCUAAAUAAAUUAUUUUUUUGUCAGCCUAGAUGUUUAUCUAAAUGGUCUAGAGCACAGUUUACGUAAAGUUGGUUGGCGUAUAUUAUUAUCAGUUUGUCCAGCGGACACAACCGGUCAAGAACGUUUUCAUUUACUGGAUAUCAAAGCGCAACAGUAUGCUACUCUUAAGGAAAAUUGGAAAAAGUUAUACGUAAUGGGUUUGAUGUCUGAACAUCAACUAUCUACAUUAGCUUCAAUAAGCAUAGAUGUUGUUCGUACAGAUUGGAAAGAAGACUAUUAUCGUUCUGUUGGCAACCAUCAUCGAGUGUGUCAAUUGUUUGAUAUUCUAGCUACUUAUUGUAUACAUCACCCAAAUAUUGGAUAUUGUCAAGGUAUGUCAGAUUUGGCCAGCCCAUUAUUAGUUGUUCAAAGUGAUGAAGCAUUGGCAUAUCUCUCGUUUUGCGCUUUAAUGCAACGUGUUAAAUUCAAAUUUGGUGAUACGCAGCAAUCUAUAUUAAUUAACAAUAUGCAAGAUUUACACGAUCUUCUAACGUAUACAGAUGGUGAAUUAGCACAAUUUUUCCGUGAACAUAAUUUAGCCAACAUGUAUUUUACUCAACGUUGGUUUGUCUUAGAAUUAAAACGUGAAUUUAACUUUGAUGAAUCUUUACGUAUGUUUGAAUCACAAUGGGCUGCUUUAUGUCUUGUAAAAAAUAAUAGUUUAACUGAAAUUGAAACCUGCAAUUCUAAAUCUGAAGGUUAUCUUGUUUUAACUGAUGGUACAUGUAAUUUGUACAUGCCGAAUUCUUCAUUCACGUCAACAAAUUCUCUUAACUGGUAUCAUUACACAGCAAGAGAUGUUAGUCUAAUCAAUUCUUUAAUAGGUUCAAAUUAUGUUGUUGACUUGAAAAGAAAAGGUUGCACUACUGUGUUUAACCCAGACAUGGUUAGACAAGACCAUCCAUCUUCUGCUUCUUCCCCUCCUCAAUUUAUCCCUUCUGAUGCCCACUUCUCAUGUAAAUUAUCUAAUGAAGAUGAUCAUUCUGGAAAUCCACAACAAACCUCAUCUGAGACGUUAAUUACAGAAACUCAAUUUGAAAUUAUCUCUAAUGAAUCACUAUUGGAUUUUACAAACUCUAUAAAAAAACAGUCUUUACAUUUGACACCAACUAAACGACUAUCUUCAUUUUCUAUUGAAAAUGAACCUAUUCAUAUUAGAACCAGUGUAACACAUUUACGACCACCGAAUCAAUUCGGUCAAGGUAAUCCAUUUCUCCUGUUUCUCAGUUUAUCAUUAAUCUUAGAAUAUAAAGAGGUAAUUAUGCUAGAAAUUAAAGAACCUGGGGAUAUUAUACAAUUCUAUCAACAACAAUCUGGUAAACAUAAUUCUUCUAGAAUAUUAUGUCGUGCGAAAAAGUUAUUUAAUAAAUACUUGGAAGAAAAUAAUUUCCAAUUUUUUAGUUAAACUUUAUAUACUAAUAACUGUACAGUCGUAGAAAAAAAAUCCAGCUAAUACAGACUCACUUAACCAUACAUGACAUUACUGUGUUCUCAUUUUGUAUCAUUAUUUUGUUUUCUCUUAAUUAUUUUAUUUUUAAUGUUAACUUUGUAUUGUUAUUAUUACUACUUUUGUUAAUUAACCAACAUUACUUCGAAACAGAUCUUACAGUACAACAACAACCUAUUUUCACUGUGAUAAUCAACAUAUCUAUUUCUCUUUCAGAUUUUGAAAUAAAAAUAUUUUCGUAUUUUCGUUGUGUAUUAUCUUGCUUUCCGUAUUGAAAACUGGUGUUAACAAAAAUGUGUAUUUAAAUGAUGAUGAUGAUGAUGAUAAUGAAAUUUCGAAAUACUGAUAAUAUUGCAAAAACAUUUUUGAGGAAAUAUUUCUAUGCAGAAAGUUAAAACUUCAGUUGGCCAUUUACCGGUUGGAAUAUAUUUCAAGGAAUGUAGCUAUGAUCGUGCAAUUGUGUGUGUAUCAGUGUUACUUGUCCUAGUGUAAUACGUUUGUAAAAAUAACACCUGUUUGUUGGUUAUGUCACAUCAAUACCCGAUCUAGUUUACCAUAGUCGAGUGUUUAUUAAUUACUUCAUAAUAUAAUUUAAAUCAUGAAGCAAUCAAUGUUAGACCACCAUUGAAAACCUGGAAGCACUGGAUGGCCGUUUCGUCCUAGUAAGGGACUCCUCAGCAGGAAGAUGGUCGUACAAUAUCGUGGGUUAGUUGACGUUAAACAUUAACACCGCUGGAUGUCGAGUUAGUGGACUAGAAGCUAAGCGUUCGUGCGUGGGACUGGAGAUCCUGGGUUCGAGUCCCGAUUGCGUGAUCGUGGAUACACAUUUUCGACGUAUCCCACACUAGGACGAGACGGUUGUCCAGUGCUUCCAGGUUUUCAGUGGUGGUAAAAUUCAACAAUGUCCACAACCCCAUACUUCAUAAGUGUCAUAUAAGUUGUUCACUGAUUAUGGUAGUUAACUAACCGUAUCGAAAUCCAUAAAAAGUAAAUAAAUAUACAGGGAGAUUGUUCAACUCAAAUGUACAUUAAACAAAUUGAAUCUCCUACAAACAAAUAUACAGCUAAAAACUGAUGGGAGAUAAAUUUAAUAGAUAAGUGGAGCAGUCAUUUUGGCGUAUAUAUACGUAGUAAAUAUGGAAAGAUAAGUAUGCGUAAAUCAGAGAACAAGUUUAACACUGGGUCGUCAGAAUGUAGCGUUUAAAACGGGAGGAUUUGUAUUCCUAAAGCUGUAUGUUUUAUCAAAAUGCACAGAAUAAUAUAGAUUUACCCAGUUCAUCAAAACACUACCACACUACGUGUUAUCAUUGGAAGAGUAAUUCAGCACAUCAGUACUCACAUAUAACUCCUCAUGUAAUUCGGUUCCGGACCACAAUGCAAUAAAGAUAGAAUCACUAGAACUUUCCCACUCUCAUUUCAAUACUUCAGGUAUCACAACAGCGUACGGUUUAACCAGAUACUAAGUCGAAACAAGUAUUGGCACCACAUAUUUCUCUGCUUAUCUCUAAAUAGGUUAGAUGGUGCUUGACUAAGUAACUUAACAGUUAAAAGUCGCUGCCUCCAGCGAGGAUUCCAUGGCCGAAAGAAUUUGAGGACGGAGAUGUGCCGGGAUUCCUGAAGGAGUUUGAGGCCGUUGCGUAGCUAGUGGGAUUAAAGGAGCUGAAAUAAGUGGCAACGGACGUUUCAACGAAGAAACCAAACGUUGACGAGCUGUGAACAAAGUAUACGAAACUGUUCACUGGAGACGGAGAGCCGUACGGAUUUGGUGACAAAGUAAAGCACGAAAUCCCGAUAAAGAACGAUCGAGUAAAUAUAUUUGCAACACGUCGUGUCCCUGUGCAUUUAGAGGCUGAAGUAAAUCCAUAUGUUGAAAGGUAUAGUUAGGGAAGCGCACAGCCCAUAUAGCUCGCCGGUACUCUUAGUAAAGAGACUGAAUGGAAAGUUUAGAUUUUGUGUCGAUUUUAGAGAACUGAAACCUUGUGCAUUGCCAACAGUGGUGGGAACAUAAGAUCGGCUACAAAAUGCCUAUAAAAGAGAGCGAUUGAAACAAGGCCGCAUUUACAGUACGUGAUAAACAGAAUCAAUUUAAAAGAAUGCCGUCUGGGUUGGCGGGUGCACCGUUUACAUGCAGAAGGUUAAUGACGCUACUGUUCAGGGGUCUAGAAAACAUCGAGGUAUAUGGGGACUAUAUAGUUGUUUACAGCCGGACAGAAACAUAUCACGUCAAGCAUGUGGAAGCAGUCUUAAAAUGAAUUUGGACUUCGAAUUAAUAAGGACAAGUCGCAGAUAGAGAAAAGUAGUGUCACUUAGUUGGGACAUAAAGUGAGAAAUGGGGAAAUAAAACCACUGCCGAAUAAAAUUCUAACCAUAAAGAACAUUACAGUUCUUAAUUCGAAAAGGAAAUCGAGACAGUUCCUGGGAAGGAGAUCGUUCUAGAGUUGGUUUGUAAGGAACUUCAGCGAUAUAGAAGCACCCCUAUAUAAGUUUACAUGGACUGAGAUUGCCCAACAAACGUUCAACCGAAUAAAAAACAUGUUAGACAACCGCUAGAUGACUAUCAGACUGCCUGAACCCGAGAAACCGUUUACAGUGGCCACCGACGCAAGUGAUCAUGGUACAGGUGCCGUUUUGAUUCAGUGUGAUAGAGUGGUGGAAUACGCGAGUUGCGUUCUCAUACCCACUCAACAGAAGUAUUCAACCAUCGAAAAGUAGUGUUUAGCAAUCGUGUAGGCAGCAGACAAAUGGAGACCGUACCUUUUAGGUAAACGACAACUUUAAGAAAAGGAGGGAGGCAAUAAGGAACGCGGAAAAAAACAAAUAUCAAACAUAAAGGAGG